CCACUGACCCCGUUGACGUUCACCGCCCGUUCACCUUCUCGACAUGAAUGCGAGGUGACACCGAGGAGGGCGAAAUCGGUGGGACGAAUCAUCGAGCCGGAAAUGCUUGCCAGCAGUCGACGUAACUCGGCAAAUCUUUUUGCCUUGGAAAAAUCUCGUACGACGCAUUUUCACUUACCAUCGUACAAAUUCGCUCACGAGGAUUCGCGACCGAUCGUCUCUGAUUGCCGGCCAGGACUGCAGGGCACGUCCAGAUGCGGUGUCCGUUGUCUGCGUUGUGGCCUCCGUCGGAAGGAUCCAUCAUGGACAGAAAUUGAAGCCAUCGUCAAUUCUCUCGCUCCUUCACACGACCGGUCUUACAACAAUCAACGCCACAUUCAGUCUAAAAUUGCCCUUCGAUGUAUCACUGAAAAUUUGGACGACACUGCACAAGAAUUGUCCCAGUUCAUCCAACGACUCGAACAGUUCUGGAAUCGAUCCAGCAGCACACCCCAGCUCUCUGUUUGUGGCGAAGGCGGCUCAACUUCCACGACGGCAGAGGAUAUCGCUGAACUGAAACGCAUCUCAAAAGAAGAGCUACUCUAUCGUCAGAAAGCUGAACGGCUGGCUGAAGAACUUCAGGAACAACGGAAUCGCCGUCAUGGCUAUAUGUUAGUUAUUUCUGAACAUCGUUCAGGGAUUUUAGAUGGAGUCCUGAUCAGAGUAUGGGCUUAUACUUGA